AUGCAGUCCUCGCGGGGACAUGCCGGCGCGCCGCCAUCAUCAUCUCGGUUUCCGUGGCUUGGCGCAGGCCUCGCACUCCUUGCCACCGUCGUCCUCGUCUCCGGCGCCCCCCUCGUACCAGAGCCAACCGAAUUUGCAUCCACCGUCUCCAACUCUGCUGCCGAUGCCCGCGCAGCCGAUAUACGCGCCCUAUUCGCCGACCCUACUGCCUGGGUUCCCGAUGCCAGGGAGAACGGCGGCUGGAUCUCACACUGGCUCGGCGGGGGCGAAGGCAUCCUUUCCAUCUCCGUCGACGGAGAGAAUAUUACCUUGCCCCACAGGCCCGCGGCGUUCCCCGACUGGCUCGGGCCCAGCGCCCAACUACCUGUCACCGGCAUCCUGCGCCCAUUUACCGUGUUAUCCACAGAUAGCAAGGAGGCGCCGGAACGAGCAUGCGUCACCCCGAAGUGGCCACCUACCCGACCGUCAUACCCCGUCCCUCCCUAUACUGUCGCUCUGGUUGAGCGCGGCGGGUGCGACUUUGCGACCAAGGUCCUCGCUGCGCAGGAGCGGGGUGCGGCUGCAGUCGUUGUCGGAGACUCGGCGCACCCCGGCGAGACGGACGAGGAGGGGCGCAUGAGGGAGAACCUCAUAACCAUGUUCUCACCUGAAGAUACCUCUGGCAUUAUUAUCCCAAGCGUGUUUGUGUCACGCGCAAGUUACCUUAUCAUUCGUGACCUGCUAUCGAACCAUACAGUCAAGGGGAAGCCGGGAUUGGAAGUCGAAGUCGGCGAAGCAUCCGACGAUGGAAGCGCCCUUGGCAGUCUGCUGACUUUCGCCCUCCUCAUGCCAUCCCUAUUCCUCAUCGCCACAGUUGCCGCACAUCGCGUCCGUGUGGCACGGCAACGGGAAGCCAACCGCGCCCCUCCCACUGUCGUCCUCUCUCUCCCAGAACGCGUAUGGAGCCCGGACAUUGUGUGGGAAAAGGAUGACUCGGAAUCAGACAAGGAUGAGGCAUCGCAACGAGACGACGACGAUGAUGCUGAACCAACACCUAAGGCUGCAGGUGACUCGGCCGAGGCGGCGGCCGAGGGCGCGCCAGAGAUGACCGAUGCGACGGAGACCCACACUGUGCAGGGCGACUCUGACGUGACGACGCGCUCCGCCGACGCAGACGACGAGGCGGACGCGGUCAUGGUCACACCCGUCAAGGCACUACAAGCUCGUCGCCGUGGCAAGGAGCGACGCAAGAGCAAGCGUUACUAUUCCAAGGACGAAUGUGCCAUUUGCAUGGACGACUUCCACAAGGGAGAGAUUGUGCGAAUCCUUCCCUGCGGACACGUCUUCCACAAGGACGAGUGCGACGAGUGGCUCCUCAAGUGGAGAAAGCUGUGCCCGACUUGCCGUGCGGAUGUGACGAUUCCUACGACUGAUCUAUCGGGGUCGACGACGAUCACGCCCGUCGUCGACAGGACGGCGGCGGCGGCCGAAGGCGGACCGCGGUACGGUGCCACGGACGAGGAUGGCGAAGAUGAAGGCGGGGCGCGGGGCACGUGGACUGGGCGCGCUGGAACGCGCCUCGGCGCAAUGUGGAACUCGCUGAGAGCAGCAGUCGCGCGUCCGGCACCGGAGACUGGGGAGCGUGCCCCACUGGUGCCGGUCAAUGUUGUGUGA